AUGUCGCUCCCGCUUCCCAACGACAUCCUCCUCCUGGUUGGGGAGUACGUGGAAGACCACCGGGACCGCUACAACCUUCUCUUUGUCUGCCGUCAUUUCCAUGACCUGUUCCUGCGGCUGGUCUACCAGACUGCAGCCUUGAAGGAUUGCCCUCAGACACAGUCCUUCUUGGGCGCGCUGCUCCGCCGUCCCGAGCUGGCUCGGGCAGUCCGGACCCUGGACUUCCAUAAGUGGCGCUCCCCGUCUUCACCCGUCUCCACCUCCGCCGAAGGCUUGGUACCGUUCACCCAAUGGGCCCGGAGCCUCAGCCUUACCGAUGAAGAGCACGCGAAGUGGGGGCAGGACCUCCUCAGCGGAGUGGGGGAGGCUUGGAUUGCCCUUCUCCUGCCGAUAGCAAGCAACCUGAGGCACCUGCAAUUGGUGUAUCCCAAGCAGAACCAGUACCUCGACCGUAUGAUGCAGCGGGCCGUGAAGGGAGAGAAGCCCUUCAACAGUUUGCCCGCCUUUCGGGCGCUGCGGGACGUGUCCCUGAGCCAUCUGGCGGAUGAAGAGGACAGCCGGGGGACCUAUCAGCCCUCCCAGGUCCUUCCAUUUUUCCAAUUGCCAGCCAUGCGGACAUUUUCGGCGGACUCGGUGGUUGAGUCCUCCAGCCCGCAAGAUGAGUCUGAACCAAACCAGCCGGUCGAGACCCCGGCCGCUGGCACCUCGCCUAUUUCAGAAAUCACCCUCAACGCGAGCAACGGCUCCCAGGGCAUGCAGACUAUGAUCGCUUCCUGCACCUCCCUCAAGUCCUUCAGGUACCAGCACUCCGACUCUCAUCUGCUUUCGGAAGGGUUUCAGCCCUCCGCAUUCUACCGGUCGCUGGCCGGGAGCAAGGAGAGCCUGCAAACCCUGUGGCUAGACAGCUAUGGCACUCAUCUGCCCUUCACCAUUGCCGGGGCGAAUGAGACGCACGACGAAUGGCUCGGGCCCCUGACCGCGUUCACCGCGCUGAAGGACCUCCGCAUCCGCCUCCCCAACCUGCUGGACGUCCGCUACCAGGCGGAGCCGUCAUGCCCGCUCACCGACGUGCUCCCGUCGUCGGUGGAAUCGCUGUACGUGGAAGGCUGCAAGGAGAACUCGCUGGGGAUGCUGGUCGGGCAGCUGAGAACGGUGCUCAACCGACGCAAGACCCAGUUCGGGGCGCUCAAGCGACUGGACAUCGAAGGGUUCUUCCACGACGAGGACGAUGAGGACGCGUCGGGCUACCAGCCGGCGGAGGCGACGGGGGUCAGAGUGAUCAAGCCCCGCGUCUACGAGGCCGUGGAGCCGCUGCACCAGGCGUGCGCCGAGGCGGGGAUCGAACUCUAUGUGCGCGACCGAGUGUGCAAUGCGGCAUGA